AUGACUAUCACGCAGCAUCCAUGGUGGAAGAACGCCGUCGUCUAUCAAAUCUACCCCACUAGCUUUCAGGACUCCAAUAACGAUGGUAUCGGAGACCUUCGAGGCAUCAUACAAAGGCUCGACUACAUCCAAAGUCUUGGAGUGGACGUGAUAUGGGUGUGCCCAAUGUACGAAAGCCCACAAGUGGAUAUGGGAUACGACAUCUCGAACUAUGAAAGCGUCCAUGCUCCUUAUGGCACCGUCGAGGAUAUGGAGGAGCUUGUUGCACAAGUUCAUGAUCGAGGGAUGCGUAUUAUUCUCGACCUGGUCGUCAAUCAUACGUCUGAUCAACACGCUUGGUUCAAAGAGUCUCGAUCGUCCAAGUCAAAUCCAAAGCGCGACUGGUACAUUUGGAAGCCUGCGAAGUACGUCAAUGGCCAACGGAAACCACCCAACAACUGGCGCUCCAAUUUCGGUGGCAGCGCAUGGCAAUGGGACGAUACGACCGAGGAGUACUAUCUUCACCUGUUCUGCCCGGAGCAGCCCGAUCUCAAUUGGGAUAACGAAGAAGCUCGCUGGGCUAUCUAUGAAUCCGCGAUGCUGUUCUGGUUGGAGAAAGGCGUCGAUGGCUUCCGAGUAGACACGGUCAACAUGUACAGUAAACCGCCAGGCCUACCCGAUGCUCCCAUUACAGACCCUUCUGCAGAGUGGCAGGAAGCUGGCCUCGUCUAUUGCAAUGGACCGCGGAUGAACGAGUAUCUUUCGGAGAUGAAUGCUAUUCUUUCUCGUUACGACGCCAUGACUGUUGGCGAGUGUCCCUUCACGGCGGAUUCUUCAACUGUACUCGAGUAUGUUGGAGCGUCGAACAAGCGUCUAAAUAUGGUCUUUCAAUUCGACGUCGUCGACACGGGUCAGGGGAAAGUGUUCAAGUACCAGACUGAGCCCUUUGCCUACAAACUCCAAGAUCUGAAAGACGCCAUCGCACGUACUCAAGCACUUCUCGAUGGCACCGAUGCGUGGACAAGCUCGUUUGUCGAGAAUCACGAUCAAGCACGAUCCGUGUCGAGGUUCGGCGACGAUAGUCCUGAGUGGAGGGAACGAUCUGGCAAGAUGCUGUCGUUGCUGUUCGCUUCUUUGUCAGGUACCUUGUUCGUGUACCAGGGCCAGGAGAUAGGGAUGGUCAACAUGCCCGAAGAGUGGUCGAUCGACGAGUACAAAGACGUCGACUCAUCCAACUACUACAACAUGGUCGCCGAGCGCAGUGGAAACAAUGCUAUUGAGCUUGCAAAAGCCAAAGCCUCGCUGCAACAUCUCUCCCGCGACCACGCCCGCACACCAAUGCAAUGGGAUGCCAGCCGCAACGGUGGCUUCACCGAUGAUUCCGUGCAGCCCUGGAUGCGCGUCAACACAUCCACAACCGAGAUCAACGUUACUCAACAGACCAAGAGCAAAGACUCUGUCCUCGCUUUCUGGAGACACAUGCUGCAAUUCCGCAAGGAGCAUGCCGAUGUACUGGUCCACGGCACCUUCGAGCUUGUCGAUAGACAGAAUGAGAAAGUCAUGUCAUUCGUCAAGCACGGGAAGAGCAGGAGCGCAUUGGUUGUUUGCAAUUUCUCCGCUACUGAUAGUGAGUUCCCGUGCGUCGGGAUGAAUGGUAAGACGGAUUUGUUGUUAAGCAAUGUCCUCGAUGUCAGCGGGGGCGACAGGUUACGGCCGUGGGAGGGUCGAGUUUACACGCUCCGUUGA